GACCAGGCCAACUCCAGUUCAUCGUCAAGCAGUUGGGGAAGGACCCCACGGAAACUGGAGUCGCGUGGUUUGCUGUUGAGACGAGUGGAAGUGGGAACUCAAGGGAGCACAGCCUCAAGUACCGAAGCCGAAGCAAGUCAGGCGCCCUACGCGAGCAGCUUUCCCACUUCGAGUGCGGGGUAUGAAUCGUCUUCGCAAGACCGCGCUCUUCAUGAGGAUGUGUUGGGGGCGGCCGCGCCAACCCCCGAGCGUAUGCUUUCGCUCGCUCUGGGCCAGCCAGAGCACUGGUCCUUGAGGGAGCAACCUACAGCUUCAGUUAGAAGCCAUACACGUGGGACGUGUGUGCCUUGUGUGUUUUUCGUUGUCCACAACCACUGCCACUUCGGAGACAAAUGUGGUUGCUGCCACGACGUCAGCCACAGGAACCCUGCGACUCUGCAGCGUUUUCAGUUUGCUGCUUCUGAUGCAGUUCGGCAAGCAGUGCGACCGGAUCCAGAGGGCAAGCCCAAGGGCAACUCAAGUUCGGCGCCGAAUCUGCAGCCACCAAGACCCGAAGCGCAGCGGUUCCGCGCUGGAGAAAGAGCUGCCUCCUGGAGAUCCUUGGGAUUGAGCGAAUGGUUGGAGGACGUCGACCAAGGAAAGGGCCUGCUCCACCAGUACAGGGCCCGCUUGUUGGCACAUUUCGACAGCUUGGAACAGAUCCUCGGCCUGUACAUGGUUCGACGAUCAGACGGACACUGGACGCUAGACCAGCUCUUCUAUCAUGACCUAAAGAUCGACAAGGUAGGGCACCGGCGCCUCUUCGAGAAGUGGUUUAAAAAUCGCUGCUUGGCAGCAAAAAAGAAAUCGAAAGACAGCAUCCGUAGAGUUUAA